AUGCAGCAGGACCAGCUCAAUUCUGAGAACCUGAUGAAGAUGGAGGAUGAUCUGAAACAGCAGGGCGACUGGGAAGCCGCCAACCGUAUCGUCAAGUGCGUGCGGGAUGCUUCCAGUCAUUCUCUUGAUCAAGUCCUUCCGAUGCGACGGCACCUGCAAGACAUCGCUGAGCUACUUGAAGACAUUAUGGUGCCUGAAGUACAGUCAGACGCGAGUGCGCUUCAUGAGGUCAUGCGCGAUGUGCAGAGCUCUUCAGAAGCCGCGCGCAACAUUGCCAUGCUUGGCAAGCAGAAGUUUGAACAAGUGUCACAGGAGCUGCAUAAGAUUCAGCAGCAAUAUCAGGCAAGCAAGGCAAAGGCAGAGCAGAAGCGCGAGACAAAUCAGAAACUGGCUGAUGAGAAGGACCGAACUUCCAAACAACUGAGUCGCGCAUGUGUAGCGAAUACAGGCAUAUCCGUCACUUCUGGUUCAGUCACAUUGGGCGGGAGCGGUGGGGGUGUAGCAGCCCUUGCUGGUGGGGCUUCUUGGGUGGCGAGCGUUCCAGGCAUUGGCGCGGCUCUCACUACUACUACGGCAACAACAUCAUCAGCAGGUGGUGUGUGGGGAGCGCUUGGUUACACUGUGACAACAACCUCGGUGGCCUUCAACCCUGUUGGAAUUAUGGUGGGAGUAGCUCUCGCGCUCGGCUUUGGUUUGCUUGCCGUGAAGUCUGGUUGUGCGGCCGAAGAUGAAGCUGCGGCAUGCCAGGCUACCAUCGAGACGUCACAACAAAAUCAGGAACUUGCGGGCCAGAUGGUAGAUUCAGCCAGGACCCACGAGGGCCUGUGGUAUGGCGUUUCCAAGUCUGCCGAACAGGCUGCGCAUGCCUUCAAGACGUUGAAGCGGACCAGUGCGGGUGGCCCUCGUCAGCACCGGUUCAACAAGAAGAUGGAGGAUUAUGCCCGGGACCUGAUGACUCUUGUCAAGGCCAUUGACGAGUAUCUCUUCUACCUUGGCAAGAACAAGUUCUUUCCACCAAACUAUCCACUGGAUCGCAUUCUGACCCCCGAGAGGUACAAUGAGCUAGACAGGCAGUGGCGUGCUGCCGAGAGACAGAUUCAA